AUGCUUCUGGGAGGGGAGGAGGCCCGCAAAUUUGAAGUACCAUCCAAAGCGGAGGUUCCUUUGACCAAGCCCAGUGAUGAGUAUGUGGCAGCCCUCAAGAGUGAGUUCCAAGCAGCCCUGGCACGCGCCCUGGACAAGGCAUCAGAGGAGAAGGCCGAGCUGCAGCAGGAACUUGCAAGCGCAGCGGCGGCUUCUCAGGAGUACUUGCGAGAGUUGGCUCGCAACCAGGCCGACAUGGCGCAGCUCAAAGAAGCAGUCGCCAGGCUCGAGGCAAAGGAUUUGGACAAGACAGCUGCAAAAGAAAGCUGUUGGGCGGCAGAGAAGGCCCAGCUGCAGCAUGAGCUCGCCAGCUUAGCAGCGGCUUCUCAGGACUCGGCGCAGGAGCUGGCUCGGAACCAGGCCGAGGUGGCCGAGCUCAAAGAAGCAGUGGCCAGGCUCGAGGUGGAGGCCAGGUGCUGGGCGGCGGAGAAGGCUGAGCUGCAGCGAGAGCUUGCAAGCACCACGGCGGCUUCUCAGGAGUACUUGCAGCAGUUGGCUGGCAGCCAGGCCGCAGUGGCAGAACUCCAAGAAGCAGUCGCUAGGCUUGAGGCAGGCGCUCAGGACAAGACAGCUGCUCAAGAGAGCUGCUGGGUAGCCGAGAAGGCCGAGCUGCAGAGAGAGCUGGCAAGUGCAGCAGCGAUUUUUCAGGAGCUGGCUCGCAACCAGGCCGACGUGACGGAGCUCAAAGAAGCAGUCAUGCGGCUUGAGGCAGAUGCUCAGGACAAGGCAGCUGCUCAAGAGAGCUGUUGGGCAGCCGAGAAGGCCCAGCUGCAGCAAGAUCUCGCACGCGCAGCAGCCGCUUUUGAGGAGUGCUCACAGGAGUUGGCUUGCAACCAGGCCAAGGUGGCGGAGCUGCAAGAGGCAGUCGCCAGCCUUCAGGCCCAUGUGAGGGAGCAGCACAUCGCCCUGCUGAGCCUGCAAACCGAGCUCCACGAACCCAAGGCGCAGGUCCACGAGGUGGCCAAGAAGGAGGAGCUAUGGGACGUCUCGGAAUCCAGCCAAUGCUCACCUUGCUCUGCGAGGGCUUCGAGCUCCCACGACGCUGUGCUGCCGGGCGCCGUGCAGGAGAUACCGCAGCAGCCCGCGUCGUCUCGCAGAGCACCCGUGAUCACACGGUGGCAGGAUGCUGGGUUGUGGGGCCGUACCAAAGCAUCCUUGCAAGACGGCCGCCUGGGGCAGGCCAGCCAUGGCUUGGAGCGGAAAGACAGCCUGGCGAAGGACAUGUUGCGGAAAUACAUUGAGCGGUAUGGCAAAAUCCCUGACCGUGCAGACCAGCUAACAAAAUUUGCGCAGAACAUGCAGCAGUGCCUGCCCUUCGCCUGGGCACGCGAUGUCCUGGCAGCUGCCUGA